AUGUUGGAUCGGCACAUUUCCGGAGCAGCGUCGAAACAACUGCUUGUCUGCAAGAGUUGGUACCCUGCAGCGCAAAGCGUGAUGGUUGAAGAGUUACAUUUGAGCGAAUACAACCUUCCAUACUUUCUAGCGAAUAUGUUGGCGCAAAGGAAACUAUGGCGCCUUGUUGAGACCAAUUGUCGAAGGGUCAACCUCAAAAUUCGUGGUCCUCAGGGGAAAUCGAUGUUCAAGAAUCAUUCGGCUGAAUUCGAAUGGGGCGCGCGGAUCACUCCAUGUUUGACGUAUCUGGCAACCAGAUUACCUCGCUUUAUGCGUCUGGAAGAUCUUACUAUUGAAGCCACUGCCCCAGAUCCAAAGCCCAGAGCAUUCCACGCCUAUCUUCGAAGGCAACAGAUGGCGAACUUCUUGAGGCCCGGCUAUACUUCGAGGCUAAGGAGUCUUAACCUCGACCUUUGCCAUACAUUGAAGCACGAGACAGUUUCCAAUAGCUAUGGCAACCAUCUCUGUGCCUUCAUCUCAAAGUUCUUGCUCACUCUGCAGCAUGUGCGCAUCCGGAUGGAUUCGAUCUGCGCCGAAGCAAUGGAUACUGGUGAUGAUGAGAAUACCGCUAACCUUGAGAGCCUCGUUUUCAAUAUGUACAUACCGAACAACGAUACGAGACCCGGCUUCCCCGUCGACGGUCGUGCUCUUCCAUGUCAGACUAAGGAAGAAUAUCCGAUACGAUGUCCUCUUCGAAGGAUGAUGCGCGCGGCGAAACGUCUUUCUGAGAGAAAAGCCACUAUCAAAACAGCUAGGAUCGUAACGUCAUUCUAUCCUGAGCAGAGACCUGUUGCAAUUGAUUGCAUAAGUGAGAGGAGAACAAUCCUGGCGAACCGUAACGAUUGGACUGCAGAUGGCCCACUAUUCAACGGAUACGUCAAUGAGGAGGCAGAAUGA